AUGUCCUCAGAUAUUUAUGCCCAACCAGAUCUCUCUAAGAAGGUCAGAUACGACAGAAAGCAGCAAGAAGACUCAUCAGACUGGGAUGAGUGUGAGGUGAAAAUUUAUAACGAAGCGUACGAAUCUGUGGAGUACACCACCAAGGAUCAGUCACCAGAACAAGUUCCACAAACAGAGCCAUGUCCUGAAGUCCAGAAAAGAUGCUGCAGAUGUGAAAAGUGGUGUCUGUUGGUGCUGUGCACGGUCCUGUUAGCUGUGCUCAUCAUUCUAUCCUCAAGCUACAUGGCAGUCAACAUUAGCAAUCUACAGAAGAAAGUACAGGAGCAGAAGCUACUCUCUGAAGGUAUCAACAACACUCUUUUGUAUGAACUAAAACAGCUGAAAAACAAGAUUGAACGCAAACUGUGUCCAGACUUAUGGGUGAGAUUUAGAACCAGCUGCUACUAUAAAUCCAUCGAGAAGAAAACUUGGACUGACAGCAGAAGGUUUUGUCAGGAUAAAGAAGCUGAUCUGCUGGUCAUCAACAGCAAAGAGGAACAGGAGUUUGUUUCUAAAAUGAAUCCGAAUAAGGAUUUUUGGAUUGGUCUGUAUGCUGAAGGCUCAUCAUAUAAAUCUGAAUGGAAAUGGGUGGAUGGAUCACCGCUGACAGAAACGUUCUGGGAAGAGAAUUUUCCAAAAGAUCCAAACUACAGCUACAAUGCAGUAUGUUUAAGUGAUGAAGGGAAAUGGACACAACACUACCAAACAAGCAACAGAAACUGGAUCUGUGAGAAAUAAAAUGCUGGAUCCUAUUACAAAACAGUUAAAUUUAUGUAACGGCUCAUCUUGUUACUGAGCUGUUACAUUAAUGUAACUGUUUUGUAAUGUAUUUACAUGUAUGUUUUAUCUUUUUUAUAUUUCUUUGUGUUUACUUGUACAAACUAUUGCUUAAAGGAAGGUUGUUUUUAUUUUUUCAGAGAAAUGAAGCUUUCAUUUAUAGAACAACUUCACCAUGUUUAAAAUAUCAGCUAAAAAUGACUCAGAUAAACAGUAAACUAUAAUAAAUUCAAUUAAAACAAACUAACUUAGAGCUGUAGUUUAGACACAGGUUUAGUUACUGCCUGAACAAGGAGAAAAAAGUAAUCUAUAUCAAAUAAACAGCUUCUACAAAAAAAAGGAAAAGUUACAUCUUGAAAGUGAAGUAAAUAUUUUUUUUACAUUUUGUUAAUUUACUUUCUUAUGAUUUUGAUUUAGUAUUAAAGGAGUUUAUGAUGGAGAGUUGAGUUUUAUUGUAAUAUAUUCCUGUUUUGGGUCUCUGUGUUUUUAUUUAAUGCUUUCUAAGCAUUGAGGUCAGAUUUUUCUAGUUUGAUGCAUAAAUGUGUGUUUUAAUAAGCCCCCAAAACACGGUUUCCGCUGUGCUGCUUCUUCUUUUACUUUUUUAAGACUUCUCUGUCAUUCUGAAAGCUCCUGAGACUUUCUACUGAAGAAAGGUUAAAAGAGAAGGAGCAAAUGUGGAUCAACAUUAGAGGAGGUGGGAAUUAUAAAGGUUACUUCCUCUCAUUACUUUUCAUGUAACGUUAUUUGAAAAACUUAAUAUUCAAUGUUUCCUAUUAUGUAUGUAUAAGUGUAAUGUGUAUGAGGAUGUAAAUAAACACAGUAAAUGUAUGUUUAAAUCCCUUUGUUGGUUGUUUUUCCUCAUAGCUCUGGUGAUGGGAGCUUGAGGGUCCUCUGCACUUUCUGGACUGUUUGAGUCAAGAGACCAACACGGAUGUAGAAACAACGUCUGGGAGUUUUUCAAAAUAAAAGUGUAGCUUCUACAUGGAU